AUGAGUACACCAUUUUCCACAGACGAUGAUGCUGUUAGCACGGCCUCUGGAGAGAAGGCGAAAGCUCUCUCUCAACCCCGCGUACGCCGGAGAAAUCGCAUGAUCACAUCAUGCCUGGAGUGUCGUCGCCGAAAACUGAAAUGCGAUAAACUUCAUCCUUGCACAAACUGCAGCAAAUUCUCCCGCGACUGCCUCUUCCUGGCCCCCGCUUUAGAUUCGGUUUCUCAACAGCGCCUGAAUGAAAUCAAAGAGAAGAUGGGCUCUCUUGAAAGAGUCCUUGAGGAGGAUGUCGCCCGCCGAGACGGGAAGGCCCCCAAAUCCGCUGCCACUAUGUCUCAACGGAGGAGUUCUGCCGACCUACCAGGUGGGGAAAUAAGCAGCUCUGACAACGAGGCUGGUGUUCCUGAUGAUGAAAAGGGACUCGAGCCCACCCCUCUAGCAACCAUUGAUGCCUCAUAUGAGGACGACACUAAUGACGACAUCCUCGACCUUGGGAUCAAGAUUGGGAAAAUGCGCCUAACAGAACGUCUCGGUGGAUUCUUUCGGCCCAGAAUUAAUGAAGAGCUUGGUCUUCAGCUGUCAGAGUCAGCGGCCAUUAGGCCUGCCGUGGAAGAGAAGCAUCGUCCCGAUCCCCAGCUUCCAGAUAAUGGCAAUGAUUUUCUAGCCCCCGGCCCGUCCUACAUUGCGCCUGGUUCUGGAUUUAUAUUCGGUGAUGUGGGAAGCAAAAGAUCUCUCAUCAAUUUCCUUCCAGCAAAAGCAGCAGCGGACCUCCUGGUGCGUAAUUACUACGAGAAUGUUCAUUUCAUUGCCCGGGUGGUCCAUUGGCCGAGCUUCCAGUUACACUACGAAAACUUCUGGACGAGUGUGCUGGCUGGUUUGGAGCCACAACCAUGGCAACAAUCGAUUGUUCUCUCGGUGCUUUUUGCAGCCGUUGCUAGCAUGAAUGAAAAGGAGAUAAGCACAAUAUUUGCAAGACCGAAAAGCACAAUACUUGGAAAUUUCCAAACUGGCACGGAAGUCGCCCUAAGCAAAGCCCAGUUCCUGCGCGCUACGAAACUUGAGACUCUACAGGCCCUUGUCGUCUAUCUGAUUCCCAUGUGCCGAGAUCAACUCUCACGUGCCCAUUCAGUCCUGGUAGGAAUGGCGAUCCGCCUUGCUGAAUGCAUGGGUUUACAUCGUGAUCCUGACGACAUAUAUGGGCUCACCGCAGUCGACUGUCACGUACGGCGUAUAGUUUGGUUUCAACUUUGCUUUCUCGAUUUUCGCACGUGUGAAGCACAAGGCCCCCGGCCAGGGAUAAAACGGGAAGACUACGAUACACGGUUCCCUCUAAACAUUGACGAUGCCGAUCUUUUCGCACUCAAACCUCGGGAAGUGAAGGACAAGUUUACCGACAUGACUGUUUCAAGGAUCCGGUUUGAAUGUACCGAGAUGCAAAGGGUUGUGUGGCAGGACCGAAUUCGAAUGGAGAGGAAAAAAGUCUCCAUGACCCACGUUCUAUCGAAAGUCGAAUCCUUCCGGAAGGCCAUGGAUGCUAAGUACACCCCUAUAUUCGAUCUUUCCGUGCCUAUACAGAAGUACGCCAAGUUAGUCAUGACGUUAAUGAUUCAAAGAAUGUAUGUUAUGAUUCUCCACCUAUAUGUCAACAAUGCGGCCAAUCGUGUACCAGAACGACUUCGCAACCUCACCGUCACAAGCGGUCUACAGGCCGUGGAAGCAGCAAUUUCGAUGGAGAGCCUGCCGGAAUUCUCCAAAUGGGCUUGGUAUGGUGGAGCAUACCAACAGUGGCAUAUAGCUUUCCUCCUUCUUACCCUGGUUGAUGGCUCAUCAACUCCACGAAUUUCUGAGAGGAUUUGGAAGGUCAUCGAUUACGUUUUCGAGCCCGACCAGUCCUGGGCACCGUCGACAAAAGUCAGGAUUAUCGUCACGGCAGUCCGGGAUCGUACAACAGUCUAUCGAGAUCUCCGAAGGAUACGCAUUCCAGCGAGUAUGAAAGGUGGUCUGGGUGCCCAUGCUGUGCGGUGGGACGGAUUGAAAGAGGAAAGCCCAUUUGUUGGGGCUGGAAGCACUGAAGCAGCGUUGAAUGCCAUGCAGCCCCAGAAUGCUCCCGGCAACGGGGCGUACGCAUCGGAUCGAUCAUGGAGCUUCGACGCACCGGCGACACUCUACUUAUCGUCACAAUAUCCAGCCUCAACAGAAACAUCUGGCUGGACUCGAGUUCUACCGAAUUCACGAGCCUCACCACUUCCGCCCGGACAGACUACACAGCAGUCGCAGUCACAGACACAAACUUCUCCCAGGUCAGAAAGUCGGUCUUCGCCAGGCCAGCAGGGUGAUUUUCACAGCCCCAGCGACUCUAGCACGAAUGAUUCAUGGCCUCCGCUGAUAUCGGGUGAUCAGCUUCAGUGGAGGUCGGCGUUAGGACAAGGUGUACCGGUCGGACAAGCCACCGCAACAGCACAAGCGCUUCCUGCGAUUUCACAUCAAAGACACUCCUCGGACAGUGGGCCUUCAUUUAUCAAUUCCGGAUUUCCUAGUGACCAGGUCAACAUUCCACAAUUCCCACCUCCGAAUUCGAGAGGCGACUCCUUAAUGAUGGACAUCAAUUGGGCGGAAUGGGACCAACUGUUCCCACAAGACGCCAAUUCGGGCCUUCUUGAUGGUGCAGGCGGGUAUGGCGUGUCCUCAGAAUAUAAGAGCUCAAUACCUCCCGAGAUGAUGUAG